GUCAACUUUAAUUUCCCUAUGUUGUUUGUCAUCGUCCUUGAUUAUUUUAGGUUUAUAUUUUCUUGCGAUCAUCACCCUUAUUGUGUUAUCUAGCUUUCGCCGAGCAUAGUUGCCGUUGCCUAGUCCCUGAGGAGAACACGACAUCCGUAGUUUGGGCAUAAAAACCCUGCUAUAUUACAAUAGAUCAUUUUGGCGCCGUUGCCGGGGACUAGCGUCGAGCAUUUGUGUGAGGCUUUAGACUAGGUUUAGCUUGUUUCCUUUUUGUGCUUUAUAUAUUUGUGAUAUAUCUCUAGCCACUAACCCCUGUUCUAGUUAGUAUCCUUUUGUCUUCUUUUCCUUUUUGCAGGUUGGAUUAUCCUCUCGGUUAUGUCUUACUAUUCAAAUCAUCAGGCUUAUGCGAGCAACACUACAAACCGCAUGGAAAGUGUUCAAGAACUGAUAGGAGAUGUGUCCAAUGGAGUUAAAUGGUCCUCCAUUUGGUCAACCAACAACUCCAGCACCUUUCGAGCAAUCUCAUGUGCAAGUGCCCACACAAGAUGAAUUUUAUGAGACAGAGAAGCUCACAUUGCUUAGUAUCGAGUUCACUUGGAGUGCCGAGGAUGAUCCUAUUAGGAAGGUUAUACUAGAUGAAAUGAAGAAGAUCAAGAGUGGAAAAGAGCUAGUGGAAGAAGUAAGGAAGAUUGAGAAGAACAUCAACACUGGCAGCACUAUUUCUUCGCAACUUGAGUUGAGUGUGGCUGAGAUAUCCAUGGAUACAUGUGAGGUUCCAACACCUUCACACUUCGUUGAGCAAGUUAGCAAGUGCCUUGAGCAAGAGAUACCUCAGAUUGAAGAAGAUGAACUAGAAGACAAGGAACAAGAUGGUCAAGAGCUGCAAUUCCCAAGUGAUCAAGUUGAAGACUCAUCAUCUAUUACUCCUGAAGAACUACAAGAAGCUGCUGUAGAUGAAGAUGAAGAACAUGAGAUUAAUUUGCCUAUUGUCAUACCAGAGCGUGAUGUGUCAGGUUUACUCAAUCCUCUUGAUGACAUAAUGUCUUGUGAUUUCUUUGCUACCACCUUGCAUUACAUGAUACCAUCACUUAAGAUUGAUUUGAAAACUCAUUUGCUUGGAUAUGAUGAUAUAUACCCUGUUAGUGGCAUUGCUCUCAUUUGUGAUGAUCACAAUUACUUUCCUCAUGCCAGUCUUGAGCUUAAUGAUAAAUGUCAUCCUCGUGUGAGUAUUGACCAUGCUGAUUUCUUCCAUCCUAAACAUGUGCUUUAUAGUUAUGCUUAUAUAAUUGGAUAUUCCAUUGAUGACUUGGAGGGCAUCGACCGUAUCACUUGUAGUUGUUUGUGUGAGUCCUAUUUCAGGCUUUUGCUACUGCACUGUUUACUACAUGCUGACCAGGUCCGAGGUGACAUUCCUUGGGAUCCUGGUGGAGUCAGAGCAUGGCGAUGAGGGGAGCACAAACAGGGAACACAAACAGAGAAGAGUGGAGAGAAGAAAGUAGGAGAGAAGAGUAUACAAAUACCAGGUGAUUCUGUUCCACUUGAAGCAACCUUUAGAAAAUUUAGUACGAGAACUGGCAUUUUAUUGCAUUGAAACUCUUUUUGCAUUGUGACACCUUACUCUUCACUGCAAAGUAGGAUUCACUCCAAGAAGAUUGUUGAUUCUCUUAAUACUAAAACUAUGCAGCUGUAUUCUUCUUAUGGUAAUUUGUGAUAAUGAAUACUUUAUACCUCCAUGUAAAUGUUCAAUGGGAAUGCCUUGAGUCUAAGUGAAACCUACUAAUGAAUUGAUGUGCUGUGUCUGACUGUCCCAAGUUAAGCUAAGUAACUGGUGGCACUUAAGUAGUAGCUAUGAUCUCUGGAUCUGUAGUAUGUCAAAAACAGUGUCAUUAGCUAUGGAUUCCUCUUUCAAUUAUUCCUGUUUUACUUAAGCUAAGUAAUUUUCAAAUAACUAAAUAAAAUAAUUAUGAUAAUUUAAGUCCGAUCGACCUAUAGUAGCAUGUCAUGUUCCCUGGAUCGGUGGCUUGUGAAAUCUCGUAGAUUGGACUGUAAAAAAAAUUUAUAAGAAAAAUGCUAUAAUUUGUCGAACCAGGUGUAUACCAUGUUCUCGAGAUCGGUGGUAUGUUCCUUUGGGGAGAUAACAAAAAAAUAUACUAAUAAUUUGGUCGAGCCAGGUGUAUACCAUGUUCUCGGGAUCGGUGGUAUGUUCCUUUGGUGAGACUGAUAUAAUAUCAUCACUUGUGCUUUAAAUUUAAUAAGUAACUUGUUUUUCUAAUUGAUUUUGGGGUCCCAGCUUAUUUCAGGGCUGAAGACAGAGCCAGCUCUUGAUUAUUAGUAUUCACUUUGACUCAAGGCCAUUGACUUGGAACAUUUACAGUGUGUUAUAAAAUAUUUCUUAUCACAAUUUAGCUUCAGUAUAGUACAUUUGCUUAGUUCCAGUAUUGUCGGAAUUACUAUCUAUCGGAAAGUGUAUCUUUACUAGGCAGUGUGAGUUGUGUCACCAUCAAUUUUUUUUCCUUUGCUUGAGGACAAGCAAAUAUUUAAGUGUGGGGGAACUUGAUAAGCACAUUUCUUAUAUACUAUUUGGGCACACAAAUUCACCUUUUAUUGAGAUACAUCCAUCCAUUCUUGCUAUGACUUGUUGAAUAUUCGAAUGAUAAUUAUAAAAGAGAAUGUUGACUAGUGAAUUGUUUAUUUUGCAGAAAAGUGCACAAAGGCACUAUAAUCGUCAAGACUUCUACUAUGUGGCUAACGAGAAGAGAGAAGGGCAUGAAAGAAAUACAUCAAGGCUUGAGCGUGAAGGAAAGAAGUAAUGUAGGGGAGCAAACUAAAAGAAGAGGAGGAUCUUCUUGGGAAGAAAGAAGAAAGGAGGAGGGCCAAAGUAAAAAAGACAGAACAGAGGAGAGGAUCAAUAAUCCCUAGAGCAGCCGAUCCCCAUCGGGCCUGGCUAACACCUCUCCUUCCCCCCGUCUCCUUCUCCCACCUCCGGCCGCCGCCGCGGCCAGGCCAGCGUGGCGGCGCGCCAAGCAGCCCAUCACCGCAUCCAGCACCACUUCCUCCCACGUCACUCAGCGCCACCACUUCCAUCAUCACCAUACUGCGCCAUCUAUCCACCACCACCAGCGCCAUACAUCCAUCGCCUUCCACAACGCCAUACAUCCAUCGCCAUCCACAGCGCCACACAUCACCUACCAGCACCACCUCGUGCCCACCAUCAGACAUGGCGACGAGGGAUUCUUCCCCAGCGCGCUACUUCCUGCAGCCGCACGCCCGACCAGACGCACAGCCGUGGGUGUCUGAACACCCACGCGACCCUGCUCCUGCUCCUGCUCCUUCUUUGCCCUGCUGCUUCUUCCCUCUCCUCAAAUCCUAUUGCUGCUAGACUUCUUAUUCCCUGAACCUCCUGCUGAUACUGCGCUUUGCUGAACUCCACGCCCCCUGUUGCAUCUUUCUUCUUCUCCUCGACCUCUUGCUGCUGCCUCCUCUUCUCUAAGUCCAGCUGCUGCUCCUUCCUUGCUGCGCCCUGCGGCUUCUACUUUCAACUGCCACUACUACUCCCUUCCCCUCACUGCUACUCUUCUUCCUUACCUCCUCUGCUGCUAUAUCUCUUCCCCCCUCUUUAUAUUCUCUGAAUUUUCUGUAAUAGGAGUAGUAAGAAGCUUUGUCUUCAGAUUAUCUAAGUUCCUGUAACCUGCUAUAUGUUCAGUUUCGUACUUGUAAAAUAUAGUGCACUUUAUUAUGUGCUCUGACUAGUUAAUGUCUAGUUGUUUGGAUAAUAUUUAGUAUAUGUGAUAUGCUCUGUGAUAUAGUAAUCUUCUAGUAUAUGUCUGUGAUCCCCUAUGUGUAUGUUUCUUGACAUCUACUGUAAUCUGUCAUGUACUAG